AUUAACAUGCGUGCAAACCUUCGCACCACUUAAGAAUCUUCAUACGGAUGUCUAUGGCCUGAGUUAAUGUAACCACGAAAAAUAAAAUGUAGUCCACUGAUCGUAGGUGCUCCGCCGGGUAUGCUGCUUCACCACCAUUCACCUGAAGAACAAAAGCUGAAAUUCCAAGUACAGAGCUUGCACAAGGAACUUGACUUGAUCAAUCAGUAUAUUAAUCGCCUGCAUCAAAAAACCGAAACUUUAGUGCUAAAAGAUAUAUCCCAACACAAUUCGUUCCUUAGCACCAGUAAAACAAGUUCAAUCACACUUUGUCCAAGUUCCAGUAUAUGCACUAUCAGAUCGAAGAGAAGCAGCGUCUGUUUCGCAAACAGCAUUAAUUACUUUUGGAAGAACAAUAACGGAAUAAAUGAUUGCGUAAAUAAUAUACCAGAUACAUUUUAUAUGCCUAAAUAUGGAAGGCAGCAAACCACCGUAUAUAUGACGCUGUAUGACCAGUUCUGUCGCCAUCGCACAUCGGGAACACAGGCCACCGCAUCGAUAAAUAAGUCCUUCCAAGUUUCCACCGAGCGAUAUAUUCAAUGUCAACCAAGCUUACCUAGCAGUCUUAGUAAGUUGAACUCCCCUUGUUCUAUGAUAACGAAUAUUCCUAACUAUAAUAUUAACAAAAAAGACCAUUUAGGGAAAAUGAACUAUUCUGAAAUGUAUUUCUUUAGUAGAAAAAAUAAAAAAGAACCGAAGAGAGUGGAUGACGAGGAGACAGAAUUAUACAGAUCGAGCAAGAGCGUGCAAGUGCAAAGUUGCAGACAUUCAACAUCUGCGCAAACUAAUAAGAAACAAGCUAGUUCGUGUUGUGCAACUGCAACAUCAAAGGCUGUGUCUAUUAAAGAACCUGACAAACAAAGAUGUUCCUCCGAGUUAUACACCAAUAACGAUUCUGGUUUAUCGGCAACUAUAUCGCACAUUAAAAUUGCCCCUCGCCAAUCGUGCCCAAUACAUGGUACCAGCCCUUGUCAAGGACCAAACUGUAUAGGUAUGGGUUUAGGACCGUGCUCUGAUCCUUGUGCUCCAUCAAAUUGUAUUACUCUUAAUGCUGACAGCGGAGAACAGAAAGUCCCAAUAAAAGUAAGUACUACAAAUAACCCCAGACGUGGAGUGUUUGAAUUAGUAAUUCGCAGAUUGAAUGGAUCCCCUUUGGCUAGAAACGAGUUGUUUUUGGAAUGGACUCCACCACCCGGUCGGUCUGCUUCAUGUUGUGGACCUUAUCCAUUGAUAUGUUCUCUGCCUGGACCAUGCCGUCCGUCAAAGUGUAAAAUACCUGUAUGCCGCCCACCUAAGCCAAGAUGUUGCAAAAAGCCUUUAAGAUGUAAAUUCCCUUGUGGACCAAAAACUUCCCGCUGUGGACCUUGUAGCUUAUGUGGCCGAGUAUCUUGCCCGGGAUGUCCAGCGAAGCCUUGUUGCAGACCUUGCCCGCCUAAGCCCUGCCGACCUAAGCCCUGCCGACCAAAGCCUCGCGUUAAACGUUGUAAACCCUGCAAACCCUGUAAACCCUGUAAACCUUGCUGUCCGCCCUUCCCUUUUAAACCCAGUUGCACUAGCUGCACUGUGUGUUGCACUUCUAUUCAACCGUGCUCCAAACCGCCAUGCAAGCCCUGCCGACCUUGUAAGCCUUGUAAAAGUUGUAAACCUCCAUCUUGCAAACCCUGCAGGCCGUGUUUCCCUUACAGACCUUGUGUCCCUGACUUGACUUGCCCGACAAGUAAAACUAGUAUAGUUUUUGCAGCCUGUAAAUCUAAGCCUUGUAAGCCGUGUAGCCCAUGCGAUCCGUGUGGCACUCCGUGCAGUCCUUUUCCGGCCUGUUUUUCUUGUUAUCCUUGCAUCACUCCUAAAUCAUGUUUGCCUAACUUUUCUUCAACUUGUACGCUUUUUUGCCCUCCCAGUAAGUCAUGUAUUCCUUUUGAAGCUUCUAACACAUGCAUUUCUUCUGGGGCUCUGGUUCCUUGCAAGCCUUGUGAUCCUUGUGACCCAUGUAAGCCCAGGAAACCAUGCAAACCAUGCAAACGUUACAAAUCUUGCAGACAAUCUAGACCUUCCAAAUGUUUUGGGCCUUCCCGCCUCUGUCGACGCUGUAAACCUUGUAGACCAUGCAGUGCUGGUCGUAGUAACCCUUCAUCACUUGAUAUCCCAUUGGACACUUGUAGUCCAUGUAUUCCAAUAGAAUGCUGUAAAGUUUCCGAGCCUUGCGAUCCUUGUGAACCUUGCGAUCCUUGUGAACCUCGCGAUCCUUGUGAUCCGUGUGAUCCGUGCGAUCCUUAUGAUCCAUGUGAUCCAUGUGAUCCAUGCGAUCCAUGUGAUCCGUGCGGUCCUUGUGAUCCGUGCGAUCCUUGUAAACCCAAAAAGCCCGUUUGUUUCCCUUUUAAACCUUACAAAACUUGUCGCAAGCCGUGUCGAGGAAAAUGUUGCAGGCGUUGUAAGCCUUGUAGCUUAUGCAGGAUUUUUAAGUCUUGUAUGCCCUGUAAGCUUUGCAAACCCCUUAAGCCCUGUCAGCCAAGCAAGCAUUGCAAGCCCCGCAAGUCUUGCAAACCCAAAAAGUCAUGCAAACCAUGUAAUCCUAGUUCAUCUAUCGAAUGUUGUGAAGGACAGCAAUGUUCGACUGUUUGCUUGCCUUGCCCGUUCAUAUGCAACUCCAUACGCCAGUGUCCAAUAGUAAGAGGCCGCAAAGGCUGAACUGUUGUAGGUUUAUAGAUAAGCAUUACAAUACAUGAAAUA